GGGGCCCCUCAACUGGUUAGCGUCAUUUUUCUCUCCGAUCGGUGCCCAUCGUUCACCAACAGAAGGAAUUUCGGCCGGAGCGUUCUCGGUGCAGCAAACCCCCUGUUCAUCUUCCGGUCCCCGCCCUCCAGCCUUCCUCCUCUUCACCUCUCUAUCUUUUGCUCUCGCCUUUCAUCAACCCACCCAUCCCCCCUUAAUUUCUAUGCGUUGAUUUAAGGCUCAACCUUGGGACCUUGCGAUGGCGAUCGCCGGAACGGCCCCGUGAGAUCUCAAGAUGUCGCGAGAAUCCCAUGGAAGGUCCAGCACCCGAGAUCUCAUCUUCAAUGCUGUCGCCGGCGCCUCUGCAGGGGCGAUAGCAGCCACAUUUGUAUGCCCGUUGGAUGUGAUCAAGACGAGGUUUCAGGUCCAUGGCCUGCCCAAAAUGCCCCCUCCUGCUCGGCGUAGUGUCAUUAUUUCAAGCCUAGAACAUGUAAUAAAAAAUGAAGGCGUCAAAGGAUUGUAUCGUGGUCUCUCUCCAACAAUUACUGCACUACUUCCAACCUGGGCAGUAUAUUUCACUGUUUAUGAUCAGCUAAAAGGCCUACUUCAAUCACAUGUAGAUGGAAAUAAUCAUUUCUCAAUUGGUGCAAACAUUAUAGCUGCAUCUGGUGCUGGAGCUGCAACAUCUAUUGUGACCAAUCCAUUGUGGGUUGUUAAAACCAGACUUCAGACACAAGCAAUGAGGCCUGGAGUGGUACCCUACAGAAGUCUGUUGUCUGCUUUUAGAAGAAUUAUGCAUGAAGAAGGUUUCCAAGGAUUAUACAGUGGCCUUCUUCCUUCUUUAGCAGGGGUUAGUCAUGUUUCAAUCCAAUUUCCAGCAUAUGAAAAGAUCAAGUAUUACUUGGCCAGAAGGGAUAAUACCACUGUGGAUAAACUCAGUCCAGGAAGUGUUGCUAUUGCUUCUUCACUAUCUAAAAUAGUUGCCUCCACAAUGACAUAUCCUCAUGAGGUAGUACGGUCCAGGCUGCAAGAGCAGGGCCAGGCACGGGAUACUGCUAACCAAUACACAGGUGUGGCGGACUGUAUUAAGAAAGUAUUUCAAAAGGAAGGCAUCCCUGGAUUCUAUCGUGGCUGUGGCACAAAUUUGCUAAGAACUACCCCAACUGCAGUCAUUACUUUCACGAGUUAUGAGAUGAUUAAAAGAUUUUUACAUCAAGUGUUUCCAACCUGAGCAGAACCACACAAAUGUCCACCUGAAAUCUAAAGGUCACAUUGAUUGUGUGAGAGAGAGGGCACUAAUGCAGGAGAACAGAUGGACACAGAUCAUUGUUAUCUCAGACCCAAUUGAUGAAAUGCUUGCUUGUCAUACCAUGUCAUCCAGGGCACUGACUGUCAACAAUUCUCUCUGCAACCAGGCCGGAAAAUGCUUGAAUACAGAAAAGAGCAUGAGAAUAUUAUGGUUCUCCCCCAAAAAAUGUAAUUGACUAUUUUAUUCUAACAUUUAGGAUAUGCAUAGAGCUCGUCAAGCGUGUUGCGACUUUCAGAGUCUAUUUUUUAACAGCAGUAAAAAUCAUAUAAUUAUUUUGUUGUUCUCUAAGGUCCUUUGUCAGAAAAGUGAUGUUGUAAGUUAAUAUUU